AUGGAUGAUAUCCAAUCAAGACGUUUUCUUAACUGUGAUGGAAUCAAAACUGGCUCGAUUGAAGAUUUCCUCGUCGGGAUCGGCCUCCCAAUGUACGUGUCCAGGGUGGCUGAAUUGGGCAGCGCGGAGACCAAUUUGAUUCUGAACAAACCGGCAGAUUUGCUUAGACUAACCGAUGAACAGAUAAUUGCCCUCCUCGGUUUCAAUCCAUAUCACGUGGCCUGGCUUAGACGUGAAGCUGCCGCCAUUCCAUCCGUUGUUUUCACACAGUUUGUUCCACGUCGAUUCGUCAAUCCGCAUGCCCGUGGAUCCCGAGUGAACAGUCUGCCACGAUCAUCAAAACGGUCACAGAAACAUGACAUUCUCAUGAUAAGUAGAGAAUUCGCCGGAACAAACAGCACGGAGCAUAACAAAGCAAAACAAGAUUCAAUAGUCAACGCAUACGACAAAGUUUGA